AUGACGUACGGUGAUACAAAAUGGCGAGAGUGGGUUUUGAACGAAGAACAAGCGAGACCAAUUAUAAAACGAGCACUUGAAUUGGGAAUUAAUUUUUUUGAUACAGCUGAUAUGUAUUCACUCGGUGUAAGUGAAGAGAUAACUGGACGUGCAUUGAAUGAUUUUGCUAUUCGUGAAGAAAUUGUUUUGGCAACAAAAGUAUUUCAUGCCGUGUCCGAUGGGCCGAAUCAAAAAGGUUUAAGUCGAAAACAUAUAUUCGAUGCUUGUGACGCGAGUUUAAAACGUUUGAAUAUGGAUUACAUUGAUUUAUAUCAAAUUCAUCGUUGGGAUAAAGAAACACCAAUUGAAGAAACAAUGGAAGCUCUUCAUGAUUUAGUUAAAUCAGGCAAAGUACGGUAUAUUGGAGCGUCAACUGGAAAUCGUACGAAAGCCGAUAUUCAAAAACAAGAACAAGAGAAGAAAAAUGAACAGUCAGAAACAGCAACGAUACGAGCACAAAGUGAUCAGUUUGCUCAUAACCUGUAUUAUCAAGAUUCUGAUUUUGAAAUUGUUGAAAGAUUGAAACAAAUAGCCCAGAAAAAAGGUGUAAAACCAAUACAAACUGCAUUAGCAUGGAUUUUAACUAAAAAGGGUGUCAAUGCACCGAUAAUAGGCGCCUCGAAAAUGUAUCAACUCGAAGAAGCUGUUGAAGCAACAAAAAUAUCAUUGAAUGCUGAGGAAAUUAACGCACUCGAAGAAUUAUAUACACCUCAUAAAGUUUUGGGACAUUCUUAA